CAAGUUUCCAAAAAUGACGUGUAACGGAUAGUGCAAAUGAUAUAUUAUAUAAAAUGCUGCACGAAUAUUUUCAGAAAGCAUGUAUAUUGUAUAGUCAAUUCUUUAUCAAUUUCAAGAAAGACCACGAGAAACCAAAAAUGGCAUAGCCAAUUUAGAAUUUCAGAUUCUUAAUAUCCCUCCUCCAUAAUAAGUUCUUGAAAAGAGCUAAUCUUUUCGUUAGAAGGGAUUUUUCUAUUGUCAGAAUUUUUAUUUUAUUUUUUAGAGGAAAUUGUAAUUUGUAGCGAUGUGGGGGUUUGGAGGGAGGCACUACUGGGGGAGAAAAGAAAGAGGGAAUGUGGAAGGCAUAGUUGUAGUUUUUUCAUGGAUGUCAAGUCAGGAUAAACACUCGAGAAAUUAUGUUGAUCUUUACUCCUCUCUUGGCUGGAAUUCCCUUAUUUGUCACUCCCAAUUCCUCAAUCUAUUAUUUCCUGACAAAGCUGCAUCAUUGGCAAUAGAAAUUGUAAAGGAUCUUGUCCAGGAGCUAAAAAUCAGGCCAUGCCCAGUUGUCUUAGCGUCUUUUUCUGGUGGCCUAAAAGCUUGCAUGUACAAGGUUCUCCAGAUAAUUGAAGGCAAGUGUCCAGAGCAAGUCAAUAUGGAUGACUACCGACUGGUUAGAGACUGUGCGUCCGGCCACAUUUUUGAUUCUACUCCAGUGGAUUUUACAAGUGACUUGGGUACUCGCUUUAUUCUUCAUCCAUCUGUUCUCAAAAUGUCCCCUCCCCCACUCCUAGCAUCAUGGAUCGUGAAUGGUGUUUCGUCCAGUCUGGAUGCACUCUUCCUUAGCAGAUUUGAAGCUCAUCGUGCUGAGUAUUGGCAGACUCUUUACUCCUCUGUAAGCAUGGGUGCACCAUACCUGAUUUUGUGCUCAGAAGAUGAUGAUCUCGCUCCAUGUCAGAUAAUCUGCAAUUUUGCCCAACGGCUUAAAGACUUUGGGGCUGAUGUUAAGCUGGUGAAAUGGAAUAACUCAUCUCACGUAGGUAUUAUUCUAAACACAUGGUUUGACUUCAUUUUCUGGGGUCAAAUUCAAUGCGGAUAAAUUUUGAAGAGAUACUGAGAUUAUAUUCCUCGCAAAAAUGACUUAAAUGCCAAUAAGAGUAAAGAAGAAUUGGUAGCCGAUCAUUAUUGGCCACUGGAUGCAGUGGCUUGGUAAAAGGUCUGACCUAAGGACACAAAAUUCGCUCCAUAGGGAGGCACAUGUACUCACUGACCAUAUUCACCUCUAGGGGUUGGCUUGCAAAAAGCUGAAAAUUACACAUCCAGGGUAUCAACGCAUCUACAUAAUCGUCAGUACUCCUACCAUCUCCAACCCUCCACCUCAACCCUUUCACAAUCAUCUCCCAACCCAAAACUCUUACCCCAGCUUCCAAAAAGCCAGCGGAGGAAAAGUCCUUCCCUUUCAACACACAGGCAGCAAUAGACUUGUCUGAUGUUUAUACCCACCAAGCCUGCUUUGCCACCAGUGCUUGAUAAAACCUUUCAAGGUUUUGGAACUCCAAUCCUCCCUCAAACCAAGUUCCAGUGCACCAAAUUUAUCUUGUUUGCUGUGACAUUUCCUCCUUAACAAAAUUCCCUAUAAUAGACUCCACCUCUCUGCAAAGUGACACUGUCAAGCAAAACAAACUCAACAUAGGUCGUUGUGGCCUGUAUCACCGAUUUAUAACCUUCCAUCCCCCUGCUGAGAACAAACUCCACUUCCACUCCUUUGCCCUCUUUCACGCUCUAUCUUUAAUAGGUGCAAAAGCUCGUCUCUUGUUCCUUCCUACCGUAGCCGAUAAGCCCAAAUAUGUGUCAUGUGGAGUGUUGAUUCUAAGCCCCUAACACUCUUUGAUUUCAUCCCACAGCCCCUCAUCCACAUCGAGGUUAUAAGUAAUGCAAGAUUUGUUAAAAUUUAUCUUUUGACCAGAGGCGGCCUCAUACACCUUCAGAAUGUUAUUCAGAGCAGCACAAUCAUCCCGCUGAGCAUGUAGAAACACGAUAGAGUCAAUCGGCAAAGAUCAAAGAACAAAUGACUCACCUGAGGCAGCUGUGAGCACAUCUCAGACCCAUGAUUGCCAUCAACCUCAACUCGUCUAGUUAGUCCAGAUAACGCCUCAGCACACUAAGAAAAGAUAUGGGGAGAGAGAGACCCCUAGCGGAAUCCCCUAGAUGGGACCACUCUCCCCUGCACACUGCCAUUAAUAGAAAAAGGCAAAGUGGCUAGUAACCA